CCUAGAGGCGCCACAAUUCUCGGCACCGUACUGUCCUCCGACAAAACUAAUAUCACCACCAUGACUGGUGCCAGACUCGCCCAUCCGCUUCUUCUGGGACUCGCUAACAUACGCAUGCAUACUCGCACAAAACUUUCAUCAAAAGCUUUCCUACUUACGGCUCUACUCCCCAUCCCAAAGUACCUACACCCUAUUCAACGAAUGCGAGGAGUGCUUGAAGAUCGCCUUAUGCACGAAUGCCUUUCGAUUAUUCUCAAGCCGUUGAUGAAAGCUGCUGAGGUUGGGAUC